AUGAGCUGCAGAGUUUAUAACCGGGCAAUCCCGAUUAAACUUGCAGUCAAGACAUUCGUUUCCCUUCGAACUGUGUCUAAUGUUGUAACACCAUUGAAUGAAUAUGACCGAUUGAUUAAACUCGGAAAGCUGAAGGACGACCCAUAUCAAAGGGGCAUUAUCAAGUCUCUGGGCGCGCUUCAUGAUUCUUUAAUAAAAUACCAACCGCCUCCAGUUAAAACCCCAAAUGCACUCGAUCAAGUGGGUUGGAGGAAUAACAGGUUUUUCAAGAGAUUUCUUGGGGGGAAGCAGAAACCCUCCACAGAGGGAAUUCCUAAGGGCAUAUAUUUAUACGGUGAUGUAGGAUGCGGCAAAACCAUGUUGAUGGAUCUCUUUUAUUCUACCAUACCUCCUCAUCUAUCGAAAAACAGGCUUCAUUUUCACCAGUUCAUGCAGUACGUGCACAAAAGAUCUCAUGACGUGAUACAAGAGCUAAACCUGGACGUUAUUGGCAAAGAAAAACAUAAGGAUAUUGAUUCAAUUCCAUUCAUUGCCGCAGAAAUUGCCAAGAAAUCUCAAGUCUUAUGUUUUGACGAGUUUCAAGUCACGGAUGUUGCUGAUGCCAUGAUGCUAAGGAGACUGCUCACUGCUCUGCUAUCUAACGAGUAUGGCGUUGUUUUGUUCGCUACGAGUAACAGAAAGCCUGAUGAUCUUUACAUCAAUGGCGUCCAAAGAGAAUCAUUCAUCCCUUGUAUUGAACUACUCAAGCAGAGAACUGAGGUAAUAUACUUGAACUCUCCCACUGAUUACCGAAAAAUCCCCAGACCAAUCUCCUCAGUGUACUAUUUCCCCGUUAAGGGACUAAAAUACUCUAGCCCGGAGUGCCACGCAGCGAGAGCUCACCAUAUUGAACAAUGGUAUAGCUUUUUCUCGCAGUCACCUACUCAAGACGCGGAUUCUACCAGUCAUGAAAUUUGCCGAGACUAUAAGUUAAAAGUGUGGGGCAGGGAACUCAAUGUACCCAAGUGCACUCCUCCACGAGUAGCCCAGUUCACUUUCAAAGAGUUAUGUGGACAGCCGCUCGCGGCAGGGGAUUACUUGGUGCUGGCAAGCUCAUUCAAGGCGUUCGUUAUAACAGAUAUUCCAUUUUUGUCCAUCUAUGUGCGUGACGAAGUAAGACGAUUUAUUACGUUUUUGGACGCUGUCUAUGACAGUGGGGGAAAACUGGCGACCACAGGAGCCGCAGAUUUUACGUCUUUAUUCGUAGAGCCUGAGGAAAUUCUAAAUGACUAUGAACUGAAGCCAGCCAGUUCGGAUAGUCAAAAAGACACCACUGACGUUGCGGACGAGGAUGAACUUGUAUUGAAACAUGGCUUCUCGAAGGAAAUAGCCAAAAAGGCCCAGAUAUUUGCCUUGGACGAAGAGAGAUUUGCUUUCGCUAGAGCUCUCAGCCGUCUCUCGCACAUGAGCUCACAGGACUGGGUUGAAAAGUGA